ACAGAGUUCAUAGGUUGGGUCAGCGCAAAGUUGUGAAUGUCCAUCGACUCAUCAUGCGUGGCACUUUGGAAGAGAAAGUCAUGAUCCUCCAGAAGUUCAAAGUGUCAAUUGCUAAUGCUGUCAUCAACGGAGAGCAUGCUAGCCUGAAAACAAUGAACACUGACCAGUUGCUCGAUCUCUUUACUUCUGCACCAACCGCCAGAAAGGGUAGUGCCCUUUCAAGCAGCUUCAAUGGCGACCUGGGUAAAGAUUCAAAAUCCAUGGUGGGUGGGAAGGGCUUGAAAGCCAUUCUAAGUGGACUAGCGGAGCUCUGGGAUCAGUCACAGUACACGGAUGAAUACAAUCUCAGGCAUUUCUUGGCAAAGCUUAAUGGCUGAGUCUGGUUGCACCGCAAUGUACAGUGUAAAUGGGAAGAGUGAGUCUGUUGGCCUCAGAUUUUGAUCCGUCACCCUUGAUUCUUUUGUUCUUUAUACAUGUCCAUUGGAUCAUGAAACUGGCUAACUUACAUGGGUUGUCUAACUAUUUUUCGGGAUGGUCGAGUUCCCCAAAGGACAGCAGUCACC